UUAGUCACGUGCUAUACAGUCAUCUCAUUCAAAUCGGAAGACAGUUUAGAUUUGUGUAUCAUGCUGUAAGUGCUGUUUGUUUAUUUGUCUUGCUACUGUUAAUUAAAGGUGAAAAUCUGCCGCAUUGCUCAAGGAGGUUGUGGAGUAUUGAAACUACUGGAAAACUCUUAGCUAUUGGUGAAGGAAAAGGCAAUUCGAAUCUAGUGUUUGAAACAGAGGGCCCCUUAGGCCCACAUUUGAGCGAUUCCACUUCAAGUUCCAACCACCUCAAAGAUUUAUAGCUCAGGAGUUCUUAAACUACGGAAGUGAAAAAUGGAUACUCUUGCAAAGAAUUUGCUGGGUGAAUUCAAUUUUGAAGGGAAAAGUUCAUUGCCAAAGCCGAAUUUUUCAAAACUGUUCAACGAUUCUGUUCCAAACCUGAUGUCUCCUGCCUCUCCUCGAGAGUUAGCGAGCCCCAAGUCUUCCGAUUCGUUUAUCGACGAAAUAGAUUGUCUGGAUCAAUUUUCAUCACCAAAUAAUUCUCCAGUAAAAGAAACUGGCUCACCUAAUGGUGAAAAUAAUAACUUCUCAUGUUCUCCACCUUGCUUAAAUAAAGGAAUUUUGAACCUACGUUUAUUUGACACACCCCAUACUCCGAAGACUCUUUUUACCAAAUCAAAAAAGGCAUUUGCUGACGAUCACAAAGAGCAAAAGGGCAUCAGAAGUCCAGGAAAUCUAAGAAAUAGAACUGCAUUAAGAGACAAAUUUAUAAGGAAAGAUUUACUUGCUUUUCAAGAUAGAAAAAGACCACAGACUGCCCCAAGGCCCGAGAAAAAUAUUGUGUAUGCGAAUUUCAACCCUUUUACACCUAACUCAGAAGUUCAAAUUAAAGCAAAACGACCGAGAAUCCAGCCUCAAAGUGAGUCAGUGCUUGGCAAUGAGGAGGAUGAAGACUGUUUUGAAAUGGAAGCUGAAGUUUAUGGAAACCCAACAAAGAAAUUGGCAUUGAAAGACACUAACAUAUCAAGAUAUGAAGCAGAGUUUGUUGAAUUGGAAAAAAUUGGCACUGGACAGUAUGGCUCAGUUUUCAAAUGCUUGAAUCGAUUAGAUGGGUGUAUUUAUGCACUCAAAAAGUCAAAGAAACCUAUUGCUGGAUCAGUUGAUGAGCAAAUGGCAUUGAAUGAGGUUUAUGCACAUGCUGUUUUGGGUCACCAUCCUCAUGUUGUACGCUACUUCUCUGCCUGGGCUGAAAAUAGUCACAUGCUGAUCCAAAAUGAAUACUGCAAUGGUGGAUCUUUGGCUGAAAUAAUUUUGAAAAAUAAGAUUAAUCAUACUGUGAUGUCAGAACAAGAAUUAAAACAACUGCUACUUCAACUUGCAAGGGGGUUGAAAUAUAUCCAUGCAAAAAAUUUGGUGCAUAUGGACAUAAAACCAAGCAACAUAUUCAUUCACAAAGUUUGUAACACUGAAGAGCUGAGUAGUGAUGAUGGCUAUGAAGAUGAGGAUAUGGACUGUCUCAGCCCUCUUGAAACAGACCCUGUCGAUUCUAGUUUCAGUAACAAGAAUUCUCAAAAUGUCAUUUACAAAAUUGGUGACUUAGGACAUGUGACAUCAGCAGUAUCCAACCCUCAAGUAGAAGAAGGUGACUGCAGGUUUUUACCCAAUGAAAUUCUUCAAGAUAACUAUACAAGUCUUCCCAAAGCAGAUAUUUUUGCACUUGGACUGACUGUGUACCUUGCUGCAGGUGGACCUGAUUUGCCAAAAAAUGGUCCUUGGUGGCAUGAAAUAAGGAAUGGAAAUCUGCUAACUUUGCCAAACUGUUCUUUGAAUUUAAACGAAUUAAUAAAGGUUAUGAUAAACAAAGACCCGAGCAGUCGACCUUCGGCAGCCUCUCUUCUUUCACAUCCGACGUUAUGUCCCAACGCUCUCAAAUCAAAGGCCCAACUGCGCAAAGAAUUGAACGCUGAAAAGUUUAAAAACGAGAUCCUAUCAAGGGAGCUUCAGCAGGCCAGGAAUGCGGUUACAAAACCAAGUAAUGACCACGUUUCAUCAAAUUUAUCGACGACGCGGAGCUCAAGAAUAGUCGGUCAGAAAGUGAACCGCAGCAUGAGUUUAAGCAUGAUAAUGUAAUAAAGAAAAUUUCUUGUGCUAUGCUUUCAUGGAAUUCGCCUUACGAUUUGUGACGGCAAGCUUGGAUCAAGAUAAUAUAGAUAUUUUGAUGGCCUCGCUGAAACUCAGACUGCCAAACGAUUCCCUAGCCGUGAUCGCCUGCUACACAAUGUUGUCAAUUGCUGCGUUUCAGUAAUAGUGUAGUUUUGCAGGCGUGAUUCCGCUUUUUAUAUUCGGGUUUCUUGGUAUUGUGAAAUGAGCUGGAUGAAACAGGACAUAAGUGGCUAUUAAUUUUUCAAGAUUAUUUUGCGCUUUAUAAUUUGCUCGUAUGCAAAAGCCUAGGAGAACCUUUCAGUGUAUGGUAUGUGUAGUCACUAUUAAAAUUCGGUUUUAUUCUGACGCUUAAAUGUUCUGUUUUGUUUUUAUUUUAUUUUAUUAGCUAACAGUCCAUUCAUUUUAAAACAAAGUAGUUUUGCUUUUAUCGACGAAUUUUUGUUUCUAUCGUAUAUUUUUAGUAAUUUUUAAGAAAUUUUAGAUGAUGCAUCCUCCAAUUAAUUCUGCUGCGGUAAAUUUCCUCGCAAGGUCAUCAAUUUAUUUCCACCCUGUGUUACUAGGUUCGUUUGACUAGCGAAAUACUUUUCUUCGUAAUUCCUUUUCUGAAUUUACCAUGAUACGUGAAACAGCUAUUUUUCCAAAUUUUAUCAAAGAAAUAUAAUUUUCAUACAUAUAUUCAGUUGAAUAUUUCAGUUAAUCGUUUAUUAUUGCAACAAUAUUUUGACCUUGUUAAUUUUUUCUUGCCUUGUUUAUUCAAUUUGUUUAACAUGAAACCCAAUAUUUGUAACUACAUCAAAUACAUCUUGCGUCAAAACGUUGGAAAUGCCGCAAAUAUCUAAGGUUAAAGUCUUUUCUCCAUUUCUAUCUUUGAAUUUUUUUCCAAUUUCAUUUUCUCAAAUAUACAUGAAAGUAUUUACAUGUAUCUGUAUUUUUAGUAAAAAUGUAUAUAAUUUUAUAAUAAUUAGUUUGAAAUUUUUAAUGAGAUUGAUACUUUUAGAUAAUUAA